GCUCUUCGGAUGGGAUAUUUUUUGCAUUGCUUUGCUUGACAGCAUUUCACAGUCGCCAGACGCCACUUUCUUCACCGACACUAAUUCCGACUAAUUCGCCGAUCUUCCGAUUCCGAUCUCCACGGAAUCUCAUGCAAUGAAGUUCGCAUUCGUAUGCUUCCUCCUGAUUACUGCUUUUAUCUUCUUCCUUGUUAGAUCUGCCGAUGCUUCCAUACAUUUCUAUGAUCGAGAUCCGUUCAGAGAAGUCGGCAAUGCUUACCUUGUUUUCGGCGGUAGUGAAGGAGCUCUCGCUUCUCGCACUACCUCUCCCCUCACUUCCGCUUCCUCCGUUCACGACGGCCGUUCUUAUAUCCGAUUCGAGAACAUCACUUUUUCGAGAAGUAAAGCUGCGGCAGAUAAACAUUCAGAUAUGGAACAAUUUACCGGAUUGAUACAGGUUGUAAUCUUUGAAGCUUCCGAUCGUGAUAAUAUCGGUGGCUCAGCUUAUGGAGGUCAGAGAUCAAUCUGUUGCACACCUGAUCUCGCUAAGCUUGAAGAUUGUAAGCAGGGUGAGGUUAUCAGAAUCCCUUCUGCAACUGAUGUUAGAUGGCCAGUUGUCUUGAAUAUACAUUUUCAGGGAGCAGAAUUAUCAUCGCAAAUGAAAGACCAAGAAGUCUUCAUCACAAAGACGGGGAUGUACAAUCUGUUCUUUAUAUCGUGCGAUCAAACGCACAAGGGAAUGACAAUGAGCGGGAAAACAUUCUGGAAGAAUCCAGAUGGGUAUUUGCCUGGUAGAAUGGCACCAUUAAUGAAGUUCUAUGUUGUUAUGUGUCUUGCAUAUCUGUUGCUCAGCAUCAUCUGGUUGUCUCAGUAUAUAAGAUUUUGGAACGAUAUAUUACAGCUUCAGCAUUGUAUUGCAGUUGUUAUCGGGCUCAGUUUAUUCGAAGUGAUACUAUGGUACUUUGAGUAUGCAAAUCUGAAUAAUACAGGAAUUAGACCGGUUGGGAUUACGACUUGGGUUGUGACAGUUGGAUCGAUUAGGAAAACAUUGUCCAGGCUUCUUAUACUGUCUGUUUCGAUGGGAUUUGGUGUUGUUCGUCCUACUCUUGGUGGGAUUACUACAAAGGUUUUGUUAAUUGGAUUGACUUAUUUUGUGGCUACUGAAUUGCUGAACAUAACUGAGUAUGUUGGAACUAUAAACGAUGUUGCUGGAAGAGCUAGGGUAUUCUUAGUCCUCCCUAAUGCAUUUCUAGACGCGUUUUUGAUUCUCUGGAUCUUCACUUCUCUUUCGAAGACACUUGAACAGCUUCAGGCUAAACGGAGUACUGUUAAGUUGGAGAUUUAUAAAAAGUUCUCGAAUGCAUUGGCGGGAGCUGUUUUCCUUUCAGUUGUUUGGAUAGGAUACGAGGUAUGCUUAUUUUUCUUUACUUUUUUCUUUUACAUUAUUUUGAUUGAUUUGUUUGUGUAGGUUUAUUUCAAGGCGACGGAUCCAUUCAAUGAGAGGUGGGAGAGUGGUUGGAUCAUAACUGCUUUCUGGGAUAUGCUUGCGUUUGGACUGUUAUGUGUUAUAUGCUAUCUUUGGGCACCAUCACAAAACUCUCAAAGAUAUGCUUAUUCGGAAGAAAUUGGAGACGAGGACGAUGAAGAAUGUCAAACUUUAUGCAGUGGAAUGGCUAAAGGCAAUAUAAGUUUGGUGAAGCAGGAGGAUGGAAAGGAAAAGAAUGGCGAAGGUUCGGAUUUGGAAGAUGAAAGCGAGGAAGAGGAUAAGAGGGAAUGAAAAACAAGUAAGAUUAAUUAAACUUUCUUGAUUGUACAAAAUUGUGGUUAUAUUCACACUUCUAAAUACAAUGAUCAUCUUGUUAGCUAGGCUUUAGAUUUAUUGGUUUUGUCUCAUAAUCAAACAAGUUUUUGAUGUCAA